AUGAAGAUAUCUAGUUCACUCUGCCAGAGGUGCGCAGUCCUCCAGUUCAAUGACGACGAACACGGCCGCGUGGCACAAGGCCCAUGGGGCAAGCCCGUGGUUAUCUUUGAUAAAUGUGAUCGAGAUCCUUCAAAGGAAUGCAUUCUCCUGGAUUAUAAUCUCUUUGACAAUUUGCCCAAUCUUCCUGUCAUGUCAGCCUCUGCUGCAUCGGGAUGUGGCAUGUGCCUUGCCAUGCAUGAGAAGAUAGUCCAAUUCGAACGCAGAGCAGAUCCCAAGCACAAGAGCGUGUUGAUCUAUAAGUUUUCCAUUUGUUACAAGUCUUGUCCCCAAAGACUGUCCCAUGAGGACUUUUCUACAAUGUCACAUCUUGCCGUUCAUUUCAAAUUCAAAGGGGAUCGGGAUGACGACAAAUCCGUAUAUACAGUCAGCUUUGAUUUGCAGGCUGACAUAGGUGACCCAUGCAGAAGCUGGCUUCGCAUUCAGAGAGCGCCUGUAUUUCAUCCUCUCUCUGAUAAAGGCCGGGCCCAGUUACGCAAGCUGGCAAAGAAGUCAUACAGAUUAUCCAGAGACCCACAUCUUCCUACCCGCGUGAUAGAUGUUGGCUGUUGGCUGACUCGUUCAAAGAUGCGCCUAGUGGUCAACCAAGGGUCCCACAAAUGGGCAAACCGAGGCAAGUACCUUGCUCUCAGCUAUUGCUGGGGCAGUGAGGAAUAUGCAGCAAUGCAGCUCAAGACAACUAAAGCGUCAUUACGUGAACAUAUGAAAGAAAUUAAAAUGGAAUCGUUGCCUAAAACAGUCUCUGACGCGGUCCUCGUUUGCCGGGCAUUACGCGUGCGCUAUCUCUGGGUGGAUGCAUUAUGCAUUGUACAGGACAGUCAGGAUGACUGGGAGAGAGAAUCAGCUAAGAUGGCAGAAAUAUACGAGAACUCGUAUGUUACCCUGUGUGCCUUGCAGGGCAAUUCAUGCCAAAGCGGAUUUCUCACUCAGCCACGGCGACACCUUAUCAAAGUCCCUUUUCAGUCAACUUUAAACCCUUUGAUAUCCGGGUUUUACUACAUACACCACGUCACUGGGUACUACGAUGAAGAGUAUGACAAGUCUCCGCCUGAGGGCCUUCCUCAAUACCCAUAUCCGUCAAAAUUUCUCGGUCUUGGAUAUCUUAAAAAAUCCGCCUUCGACUGCGAUCUGAAAGAAAGUCAAUGGAACACUCGUGGCUGGACGCUUCAAGAAGCGUUGUGUAGCCCUCGUCUACUCCUUUUCGGCACACGAAUGGUGCAUAUGCUUGACGUGCAAUUUCGGCGCUCACAGGAUAUGUCAUUCGAUGAUAUGUGUCAGCCCUGGGGCCAAAAUUUCCACAUAGAUAGAGAACACCGCGAAAGUUCCUUAUCUCCGGAUGGAUGGCGCUCAAUAUCCGCAUUGGCUAGGAAAUUUUCAUCACAGACGGAGGGCAAAUAUUUGGCCGGCAUUUGGAGUGACGAGCUUGAGACUGACCUUCUCUGGGUCCCGAAAGGAUUGACAACAUUAGCGUCCUUCCUGACACCUCCAAAGGAGUAUUUGGCCCCCACGUGGAGCUGGGCAUCCCAGUCCAAUCCGGUCAGUUGGCCUAGACUUUGCGCCCUCAAACCUGAAUAUCAAAUCGCAUCUAUGGGGACAACGACGGGCCGGGAUCGAUAUGGGAAAGUGCACAGUGGCUUCAUCUCACUGCGGACCAAACUUGUUCGGUUACCUUCAUCUACGAAGAUGCAUCGCCGCCGAAAAGCGAGCCUUGGCGUUGACUUUCCUUAUGAACUUACAUCAGACGAUGGAGAGUACCUUGCCCAUCUUCGCUUCGACUGGACAGAUCAUGCAACUAAUGACGAUAUUCUCCUUGAAACUAUGAACCGAGAUAUUAUCAUCUUGUUGGUUCAUGGCGCAUGUUGGGCUUACUUGUGCUACCGACAGAGACAUCUGGCAACUAUCGAAGAGCAGGAAUUUUUCUCUGGGGAACUUGCGCGUCGGGAGGCUUAG